UCAUGGCGACCCUCAGAGCGUCUGCGUCGCUGUGGAGCCUCCUGACAGGUUCUCGGAGCACGGAGCGGGUUUGUGUCCGGGCCCGAAGUCAGCCCCAGCUCCGCGCCCUGCUCCAGCCACUGCCCGGGCCCUGCGGGGCGGGCCUGCCAUGCCGUCGGCUUGCGUCUGAGGCGGCAGAAUCUGGUAGCUCAGAGAACAAGAAACCUACAUUUAUGGAUGAGGAAGUCCAAAACAUACUCAUCAAGAUGACAGGCUUGAAUUUGCAGAAGAUUUUUAAGCCAUCUAUACAACAACUGAAGCCACCAACCUAUAAGCUAAUGACCCAGGCACAGUUGGAGGAGGCUACAAGAAAGGCAAUCGAGGCAGCUAAAGUACGAUUAAAAAUGCCACCGGUUCUGGAAGAACGAGCACCAAUAAAUGACGUGUUAGCUGAAGAUAAGAUUUUGGAAGGAACAGAAACAGCCAAAUACGUAUUUACUGAUAUAUCAUACAGCAUACCACACCGGGAGCGUUUUAUUGUUGUCAGAGAACCAAGUGGCAGGCUACGCAAAGCCUCUUGGGAAGAACGGGACAGGAUGAUACAAGUUUAUUUCCCAAAAGAAGGCCGUAGAGUUUUAACACCAAUAAUUUUCAAGGAAGAAAAUCUUAAGACCAUGUAUAGCCAGGACCGGCAUGUUGAUGUCCUCAAUCUCUGCGUUGCCCAGUUUGAGCCAGAUUCUACUGAAUAUAUCAAAAUUCAUCAUCAGACCUAUGAAGACAUAGAUAAACAUGGAAAGUAUGACCUUUUACGUUCAACAAGACACUUUGGUGGAAUGGCUUGGUAUUUUGUAAAUAAGAAAAAGAUUGAUGGUUUACUGAUUGACCAGAUUCAGAGAGAUUUAGUUGGUGAUGCCACAAGCUUGAUCCAGCUGUAUCACCUCCUCCAUCCGGAUGGCCAGUCAGCUCAGGAGGCUAAGGAGCAGGCUGCUGAGGGAUUACAUUUAAUUAAGGUCUUUGCAAAAACAGAAGCACAGAAGGGAGCAUAUAUAGAAUUAACACUACAAGCUUACCAAGAAACAUUCAUUAGCCAUUCUGCAGCUUCCUGAAAACAUUUUUUAGAAUAAAUUUCAUGUUACUAAAUUAUAACUUGCUUUCUCUGGUAAUGUUGAGCUGAAUGUUUAAGACUGUCAAAAUUAAAAGUACUGAUGC